AUGAGGUCAUGUUCGAGCGGCGAGUUUGAGCUACAGCCCAACCUGAUAGUGGCAGGUGCAGUGUUGUCAGUGAAGAGUUGUGGGGACAGUCUGAAGAUCCUGAAUGGAGUAUCUCAUGUGAAAGUGAUAAAAGGGGGUCGGGCAGAGUUACGUUGUGUGAUCCAGGGGACUCCCCCUCUGGCUGCUUCCUGGGUGCGCAACAAGAAACCGGUUGUUGAUGGUUCUCGACUAUCCAUACAUACGACGGACCAAGAGAGCUGCUUACUGAUUCGAGAAGCGUGUGAGAAGGACCAAGGAAAUUACACUCUUUGCGUGCAAGAUCAAACUGGCAGUACACAGCAUCACACCACAUUGACUGUUGUCGAUCAUCCAUCACCUCCUUCAGGAAAGCCCCUCAUCUCAGCCCUGGUGCCCUCAUCGCUCACCCUCUCCUGGUCAGGGCCGUGUUAUGAUGGCGGCAGCGCUGUUCUAAACUACAAGGUUGAAGUAAAACAAGGUGGACAGGAUAGUUGGAGGCUGCUAACAGAUACCUGCAUCAACACAUCAUAUCAUGUGAGUUCGGGACUGGUGCCGGGUGAAAGUUAUCAGUUCCGCGUGCAAGCCUGUAACACCUACGGAGAGAGCGAACCUGGAGAGGAGUCUGAAGUUGUUACCAUGUCAUCCAUUGCAGCAGAUGAUGAGGCAGAGUGUGAGGACACAGUGGAAUACACAGCGGUCUCCAUUAACAGCACAGACCGUGUGGAUGCACUGUACACCAGACUGGAGAAGCUCGGAGUGGGAAAGUUUGGUCAGGUGUUCAAGCUUCAGGAGAAGGCCACUGGAAAGAUCCGGGCCGGAAAGUUCUCAAAGGCACGGAUGCAGAAGGACUUGGCCAACGCUCGAGCGGAGGUGGAGUUGAUGAAUAAGCUCCAUCAUCCCCAACUAGUAUAUCUUGUGGCUGCUUUCCAUGAACCAGGCUGGAUGAUCCUGGUGAUGGAAUACAUUGCAGGAGGAGAGCUAUUUGAGCGUAUCGUGGCAGAUGAUUUUGACCACACUGAGAUCACCAGUGUUCAGUACAUGUCCCAGAUUAUUACAGGAGUUGGUCAUAUGCACAAACAGGGCAUUGUCCACCUGGACCUCAAACCUGAAAACAUUGUCUGUGUCAGCAAAGUCAGCACGAAGGUGAAAAUUGUUGACUUUGGCCUGGCCAAGAAACUUGAACCUGGCGUGCCAUUGAAAGUGCUACACGGGACGGCCGAGUUUGUAGCUCCUGAGGUUAUUGCAUAUGAACCUGUGGGGUUCACAACAGACAUGUGGAGCCUAGGAGUAAUCUGCUAUAUUCUGCUCUGUGGAGAGUCCCCCUUCCAAGGGGAAAAUGAUAUGGAGACGCUGAGAAAUAUCACAUCUGGGAGCUGGGAUUUUGAUGACGAGACAGACGCUAUCCUGUCUGACUCUGCCAAAGAUUUCAUUAGAAGGCUGCUGCAAAAGAACAUGAGAUCUCGUCUGACUGCAGAGCAGGCUAUGGAUCACCCAUGGAUCAAGGACAAAAACAUUUCUAGCACCAAGACCCUACCCAAGGAGCGUAUAAGAAAAUUCCUGGCAAGGCAGAAGUGGCAGAAAACUGGUAAAGCAGUCCUGGCUCUGAAGAGGAUGGCGUUGCUCAGUAACAAGUCCGAUAACAACUCGCCUGCCAUAGAGGAGCAUGGUGAAAGUGAGGAGGUGUUCAGUUUCCUGCAGGAGCAGCUCCAGAAGCCUCCUGUCUUCUCUUCACAGCUGAAGGAUCAAGCCGAGGUUGUGGGCAGCUCUGCUCGAUUCCAUUGUCACAUCGAAGGUUUCCCGGACCCUGAAGUGCUGUGGAUUUUCUCUGGCAAGCCUAUCCAGGAGUCUAAGAGGUUUCAGAUUGAGUAUGAGGAUUCUGGUAGCUGUACACUGGUUAUAUUGAACGUGUCUCUGAGUGAUGCUGGGUUAUACACUUGCCAGGCUUCAAAUGCCCAUGGAAACGCUGAGACCUCAUCCAAACUAAUUGUCCACCAAUUACGUGCACAGCGACACUCAAGUGUGGGGGCUGAGAAGACCGCCUGACUGCUACAAAGCCAAUCC